AUGGCCGACUCGGUUGACCGAGUAUUUGGACAUGCGCUCAACACGGUCAACAAGAUCCGCACGGGCUCGCAAAAGCCGCCCGUGAGCGAGCGCCUCCGCCUCUACGGCCUCUACAAACAAGCAAUGGAAGGCGACGUCGCCUACGUCCAAGAACGACCCCUCAGCGACGACAAGAAAGAGCUAGACAAAUGGGAUGCCUGGGCCACAAACUCUGGGCUCUCGCGCACACAGGCAAAGCGCCAGUACAUCGAGACACUGAUACACACUAUGCACGAGUAUGCGAGCGCAACACCCGAGGCAAGAGAAUUGGUUGCCGAGCUUGAGUUUGUCUGGGACCAGGUGCGGAAUAAUUCGAAUCCGAGUGCGAGUUCCGAGGCGUCGAGUCCGUUGCGUGUGUUGCAUGAGCAGCGCUCUGGCUAUCCGGGUAUGGUGUCUAGCUCUGCUGCCGCCUUUGCAGAUGACGAUGUCGCGUCCCGUCCACUACGAAUAUUGAGCCCUGUCAGCCAAGCCGACGAAGACGAGUUGAACGAAGAGCACGAGGAAGAGUUUGUCGAUGCACCCAUAAGUCAAUACGACGAUACCGAGGACCCGGCUCUGGACGCCGAAGAAGACGAAGACGACCAACAACGGCGACCGCAGUCAACGAUAUCGAGUCCAUGCGACACACGCUGGCGAAGACGAGUAGAGUCUGCCUUGGUCAAGAUGACGACCGAAGUCGCUGCGCUGCGUGAGCAACUAGAAUCACGCAGUUACAUCGCACAACGGAGGAGGCACUCUUUCCUGGCUUGGAUGUUACGAGCCUCUUGGUUUCUGGUCAAGCUGGUUGCUGUCGAUAUCUUCAUAUUCUGGCUUGUGCUACUCUAUUUGCGUCGUAAGAAGGACCGAAGGCUUGAGGGUGCUGUUAGGGUAUUGCUUGGUGAUGCUGUCGCGCAGAUGCAAAAAGUUAGCAGCAAAGUCAAGGUACCGACGCUGACAGGGAAGAAGACCUAA